AUGGUGGGGGAGGUGUUAAGUGAUCAGACCCUCUUCUUCCCUACCGUUUCGCCACCCUCUUCACUCCCUUCGAUUCCUCGUUUUCUUUGUCCACCGUCCCCGUACCAGACUACCACUACCCAAUCAAAGGCGUCAAGCUUAAGAUCUCCUCUAUCUUCGACGACUCAUGAAUCUUCCAGUAGGAGUUCUACGAUUCGGAUCAAAACGUCUCAUGAAUUCAAAGGUGAUUCCAGGUUGGAUAAUUGCAACUUAAGUAAUGUGUUGAAUGAUUUAUUUCGACAAAUUGGAGUCAAGACUUGUAAACUUAAUUUAUGUUUAGAUGUGGCAUACCAUAUUUACAGGAAGGGUGACUAUCACAGGUACCUUGCUGAGUUCAAGACAAGAGUUGAGCAUAAGGAGGCUACUGAGAAUACCCUGUUGGCUUACAAGCUAGACAUUGCUCUUGCUGAAUUGGCCCCUACUCAUUCCAUUAGGCUUGGGCUUGCUCUAAACUUCUCUGUGUUCUAUUAUGAGAUUUUGAAUUCACCUGACCGUGCCUGCAAUCUUACAAAACAGGUAUCUUUACUAAACCUUAACUUUCUGCGAGACCUUAACCUUAACCUAACCUUAUUAACUACAAACCUUGAGGAGGAGAGUGGUGACGAGAUUAAGGAAGCUGAAGGAAAGCGUGAAUCAAGCGAACAACAGUGA